GUAUUAACUCAGUUUUUUUCAAAUCUAUUGGAAAUUCCUAAAUCAAGUCAACAAAGUGAUUAGCAAGCGGCAUGUCUGAUAUAAUUGUAUCAAAUAAAAAUAUUGCAAGUAUUACAUAACCGCAGUGUGCUUGAUACAUAUAGACUUUUAUUGGUGAAGAAACUUGUUUACCUUCAUAAGUCUCCCAUUUAUUCUCUGAUUACUUUUCGAAAUUGAGUCAAUUAUUGAGAAUGUCUUGUAGAAUCUUGAAUCUAGUGAAGUACUAUCCAGUCUCUUACGAUAAAAAUGUUUCUAUUUUUAGUAGCGUCAUGUUUUCCCUUAUUAGUGUUUAGCCAAGUUCUGUUCCCAAAUGAAUCCAACUUUCAUGAAGGUGACCAAUGUACACUGAAGAGCGAAAAUUUGCAGGGUACUUGUGUGCCUGUUCAAAAGUGUUUAGAAGAGAUUAGGAAGAAUAAGAGAGCCGAUGUUUGUGGGUUUAUUGGAAAAGACCCAAUAGUUUGUUGCCCUUCCAGUGGAAAAAACGCAUCUAGUCCACCUUUGCCAACUAAUUCUACUCCGUUCAACACGUCUCAUAAUUCAACGAUGCAAAAUGAUACUUUAUCUGCCAUAGCUUGGAGUGAAGCCAAAUGUAAAGAAUAUGAACCUAAAGAAAAAACGGUAUUUAUAGUAGGAGCGGGAGGAGAACGAUCAUUGGCACAAGAAUUUACACAUAUGGCCCUCCUUGGAUUUGGAAAUGAGACAGAUAAAGUUUGGAAAUGUGGAGGAUCUCUCAUAAGCCAUCAGCAUGUUUUAACAGCAGCUCAUUGUCUAUACGCAAAUGGUUUUGGAAAAGUAAAAUACGUUCGUCUCGGUGAUUUGGACUUUCUGGACGACAGAGAUUUUGCAGAACCGCAAGAUUUCAACGUAAAAUUGCACUUACAACAUCCAGAAUUUGACCUCCUGACCUUGAAACAUGAUAUUGCAAUUUUGGUCUUGGACAAACCCGUGAGGGUGACGGAAUAUGUUAAUCCUGCUUGCCUUUUUACUGGAGGAGUUAUACAAAAAACUGAUUACAUCACAGCUACUGGAUGGGGAAUAACAGAGUUCGCAGGUCAACCCAGCAGUCAUUUGAUGAAAUUUAGAUUGAAAAUAGUGCAAAACACAGAUUGCAGAAAACAAUACGAGAAAGUUGGAAUAACCGGACUCAUAGACGCAGACUUACAAGUUUGUGCUGGUUCAGCAGAUCCAGAGAAGAUAGUGGAUACGUGUGAGGGUGACUCAGGUGGGCCACUUCAAUUGACUGAAUACUCUCCUAAGAGGCAUUUUAUCAUUGGAGUAACUUCUUUUGGGAAAACUGCUUGUGGUUUAACUAAAAGUUUCGGAGUAUACACCAAUGUCACGUCGCAUAUUCCUUGGAUUAAAAGGGCUGUAACUAAUAAUUCAUAGGAGAGAAUAAAGAGAUCGUCACGAAACUGUAACAGUA